UACAAGUACCGCAAAACUGUAGUUAAGUACAGCACUUAGUUACUUAGUAUAGUCAUUGCCGAUAAUCCAAAGGUGCACAAUGUUUCGCGAGAACGUCUUAGACUUUUGUCCCUCCUCACACGCCGUACAGGACAACCGAAAACGUGCUAUGUUCAUAUCUGCUAACAUGUCAGCCGUGUCAAACGACCCGAGGAAACGGAGCAAGAAGAGGUAUGCGGCCGGCCACCACAACAAGCGGUGGAAAGGCUCCCGGGAGCUGGAAGUGGGCAUGCAGGGGAUUCUCAUCACAUGCAACAUGAACGAGAGGAAGUGCACCGCGGAGGCCUUCAAUCUGCUCAAUGAAUACGCCGACCAGCUCUAUGGGCCCGAGAAGUUGCAAGAUAAUAAUGGGAGUAGCAGUGAAGAAGAGGAGGCUGAGGAAGAAGAUGUUGAUGUAGCUCUGAAGAAGGAAGUGGCACAGAUGCAAUCAUCUGGAGCUAAACAGGAGAGGCGCUUCCAGGCUUUGGACAGUGGAGCAAACAAUGUCAUCUUCAUCAAAACUCUAAAUCUGGAAUCUGACAAGCUGGUUCAUCACAUCCUGUCUGAUCUCCACACCACCAAGAAGAAAAAGUCACGCGUGAUACUUCGGAUGCUACCAGUAACUGGAACAUGCAAGGCCUUCCAGGAUGACAUGGUGAAGUACCUGACCACUUACCUGGAGCCUUGGUUCAAAACCCCAAACUGUGCUACCUACCAGAUCGCCUUCAAGGCCCGCAACAGCAGCCACAACAAGAGAGACGAAAUCAUCAAAUCAGUUGCAGGUCUAGUGGGAAAGCUGAACCCUAAGAACAAGGUUGACUUGACCAACCCGGAACUGACAAUCAUUGUGGAGGUCAUCAAGGCUGUGUGUUGCAUCAGUGUGGUAAAAGACUAUACACUGUACAGAAAGUACAAUGUUCAGGAAGUAGUAAAAGAGGACACACCAAAGCCUGAUGUGACCACAGCAAAAAUGGAUACGAAUACAGCUGAGGAGAAGGAGAAACACGAUGCAGAGGAGACAAACAAAGAAGAGAAGAAAGGCGAAGAAGACAAUGACAAAAAUGUGCCACAGGACAACAAAGAGGUUUAUAAGGGUGAAGGUGACGGAGAGUAAGAGCUCACAUUUAGAGAAACAGUUGUUGAGUUAGAUUAAAAAGUUAUUUUUAAAAACAUCCAUCUUAAGUUGCUUUAUAUGGUAGUGCUUUUGUUUUAAAUGGAAGGUUCAAAGCAAAGAUAAUUAGAUUUUUUUUUUUUUUCACAACUGAUAACAUGACUCUAAGAAAUAAUGAGGUUGGCAAGAGUCAAACAGAAUCCAAAUAUAAUUUAAUGUCUUUUUAUAUUCAUAAAGAUAUCUGAUACAUUUGUAUGAACUUCAUUGAGAUGUCCAUUUUAAAUAGCAGUGAUUUUGAAUUAACUGGACAUGUCACCAUCCUGCAGCAUAACUUUACCUUCAGGUGACAGUUUUUUAAUGCUGAAUUUGAUUUUUAAUUUCAAUGUCGUUUUAUUUUUGACAUUUUUACUCAAAGAAAAACGUUUUGUUCAGGUUAACUGGUUUCUCACAUUUUUUGUAACUGUUAUUUCCUAAAGCAGUCGCUGAAUUAAAGCUACCUGUGUGUUUGA